AGUUCAAAAAACCAAAGAAAAAAAAUAUAUCCCUCUUCAGCAAAUUUGGAUCAAAAAAUACAAUUUAUGCAUGGAGACUCAUAUGGUGCUGUAUGCUGUUGUUAUGAUAAGUUUGAUAUGGGGAAUGAAUGCAAAGACAAAUGUAGAAGUUGGUGUGAUUCUUGAUAUGGGAACCAGCAUUGGCAAGAUGGGCAGCAGUUGCAUUUCGAUGGCCAUACGCGAUUUCUAUGAGAAACACGACAACUACACCACCAUGAUUCAGCCUUAUUUCCGUGAUUCCAAACGAGAUAUCGUUGAAGCCACUUCUGCAGCUAUUGAUCUCAUGAAAAACGUUCAAGUAAAGGCGAUUCUUGGGCCCAUGGAUUCCUCACAAGCAGAUUUCGUCAUCAAUAUUGGCAAGAAAGCAAAAGUUCCUAUACUCUCAUCAGCAACAAGCCCUGCACUUUCCCCAGAUGAAAACGGUUACUUCAUCCGUACUGCGCCUGAUGCUUCGUCUCAACUCAAACCGAUAGCUGCUUUGAUCAAACACUUUGGUUGGAGGGAAGUGGUGCUUAUUUAUGAACAUGGUGAAUACGGAAGAGGCCUUGUCCCUUACUUAGCAGAUGCCAUGUUCAAGAUUGAUACCAAAAUCAUGUGGCGUGAAGUGAUAUAUCCUUCGGCUACAGAUGAUCAGAUCCUUAAAACGCUUUACAAACUAAAGACGAUGCAGACCAGGGUCUUCGUGGUACAUGCCUUACCGGAUUUGGCUUCACGUUUUUUCAAAAAAGCCCAUGAGGCUGGAAUGAUGGAAAAGGAGUAUGUGUGGAUCAUCACGGAAGUGCUCACUAGUCGUUUGCAUUCUUUGGAUCCCACAGACAUAGAGCUGAUGCAAGGAGUACUGGGUGUGAAGUCCUAUAUCCCUAGGUCUAACAAGCUAAUCAAAUUCGAGAAAAGAUGGAAACGGGAAUUCCUGAGCCUGAAUCCAGACGAUGAAGUAGCAGAAUUAGACAUGUUUGGGAUAUGGGCAUACGAUACUGUUUUUGCACUAGCAAUGGCAUUGGAGAAGGUUUCAAGUGAAGCUAAUGUUGCUUUCCAACGAAAAAAUGAAUCCUCGACAGAUUUUGAUGCCAUUGGAACCUCGGGAAUGGGGUCAAGCCUUGUUCCAUGGAUUCGAAACGCAAGCUUCAAAGGGCUGAGUGGCGAGUUCCAUAUUGUUAAUGGACAAUUACAAUGGUCUGCGUACCAGAUAGUGAACAUAAUAGGAAAGCUGGAGAACCCUGUCGGGUUUUGGACUCCUAAAAAUGGCAUAUCAAAGAAGUUAAACAUUCAAACCAAGGAUCUUAAGGUUAUCACAUGGCCUGGUGACAGUCAUACCAUCCCUAGAGGCUGGGAAAUCCCCACCAGCAAUGAGAACACGUUAAGAGUUGGAGUUCCAGCAAAGGCAGGGUUUGUUCAGUUUGUUGAUGCCAACACCGACCCUCGAACCAAUGAAGUUGUUGUGACUGGUUUCUGCAUGGACGUUUUUAACGCAGUCAUUAGUGCUUUGCCUUACGCUGUAAAACACGAAUUCAUACCAUUUGUUAAUGUUACUCCAGAGGGCAUGAGACCUGCGGGAACCUAUAAUGACCUUCUUCACAGUCUUUCCAAAGGGGCAUAUGAUGCGGUGGCUGGGGACAUUACAAUCCUGGCAAACCGGUCGAGUUAUGUUGACUUCACAUUACCAUACAUACAGGCUGGUACUUCAAUGAUUGUUCGGAUCCAGGAUGAGAGGAAGAGUGCGUGGAUCUUCAUGAGACCCCUUGAAAAAGAGCUUUGGAUAACAAUUGCAGCAUUUUUCAUAUAUACAGGACUUGUGGUAUGGAUUUUGGAGCAUCGUGUAAACCAAGAAUCGGGCCCACCGCGUAAACAAGUCGGAAUGAUCUUCUGGUUUUCCUUCUCCACGCUUGUUUUUGCCCACAGGGAAAAGUUAAUGAGCAACUUAUCCAGAUUUGUGGUGAUAGUGUGGGUGUUUGUGGUUUUAGUUUUGACCUCCAGCUACACGGCAAGCUUGACAUCCAUGUUAACUGUACAACAGCUUCAGCCUGCAUAUACUGAUAUCUAUGAGAUCAUGAGAAAUGGAGAAUUCGUAGGAUACCAUAAUGGUACAUUUGUUGUAGAAAAGUUGAGAAAGAUGGGUUUCGAUGAUAGUCAGCUGAAAAACUACAGUAGCUUUGAGGAGUAUGAUGAGGCCCUCCAAAAUGGAAGCCGAAACGGAGGAGUUUCUGCAAUUAUGGCUGAGAUCCCUUACAUCAAGGUUUUCUUGGCCAAAUACUGUGCCAAGUAUACCAUGACUGGUCCAACCUACAAAACUGCAGGCUUUGGUUUUGCAUUUCCAAAAGGGUCUCCGCUAGUCCCAGAUGUUUCGCGUGCAAUCCUGCAAGUAACAGAGGAGCAAAUGACAAACAUAUCCAGAAAAUGGUUUGGAGAAUCAGACGGUUGUGACCCGCAGAAUGACCCUAAAGUGUCCUCCGACAGGCUCACACUAGAUAGCUUCAAGGGCCUGUUUCUCAUUGCUGGCUUGUCAUCAACUUCUGCUGUAUUGAUUUUCUUCGUGAGGUUUUUAUAUCAAAACCGAGAAACAUUAAAGUCACAAGGGCCGAUUAGCCAAAGGCUUGCUACAAUGGCAAAAACCUUUGAUGUGUUUAAGGAUGAUAAAUCCAGAAACACAAGUCGAGAGGCAGCACCAGAUGAGUCAGUCGAUGAUAUUAUUACCUAUAGUCCAGAAGUUAGUGUACACCAUCAAGCAGUGGUUUUCUCUCAUGAUGAAGGAUUUUCUACAACUGAACCUGGGACUCCGGUUCAUGAAACUAUAGAACCAGUAGAAACUACCGUACAGACCUAGGUGUGAUGACAGUUAUGUAUAGCAUGCAAAAAUUGCAUACACACCUCCAUACUUAGAUAGUAUUCUUUGUCAAUAAUUUUAUAAUACAAGCUUUUCUGUUA